CUUUUGGCAUACUCUAUUUCCUCCUCAAUUGUUAUUAAUUGUCUUUGGGUUUUAGAGAGAGAGAGAGAUAUAUAGAUAGAUAGAUGGCUGCUGCGGACGAAGAGAGAAUAUUCCUCUUGGAAGAUGAUGCUCUUCAGCAGAAUGAUGAGGUCACUGGAGAUGGCUCAGUUGACAUUAAAGGGAGGCCUGUCCUGAAGAAUAGUACUGGAAAGUGGAAAGCAUGCCCCUUCAUUCUAGGCAGUGGAGGUUGUGAACGUUUGGCCUUCUAUGGGAUUUCCUCUAAUCUUGUUACCUAUCUUAAAAGCAAACUACAUGAAGGAAAUGUCUCUGCUGCUAGAAAUGUUACCACUUGGCAAGGCACUUGUUAUUUUAUACCCCUUAUUGGAGGCGUCUUAGCUGAUGCUUACUGGGGAAGAUAUUGGACAAUGGCAGUUUUCUUCACUUUUUACCUUAUUGGUUUGUGUACAUUGACUCUCUGUGCAUCAAUUCCUGCAUUACAGCCUGCUGAAUGUGUGGGUACAGUAUGUCCUUCAGCUACUACAGCUCAGUAUGCAAUAUUCUUUAUUGGACUCUACUUAGUUGCGCUUGGGACCGGUGGGAUCAAACCGUGUAUUUGGCCUCUUGGGGCAGAUCAGUUUGAUGAUACUGAUCCUAGGGAAAGAGGAAAAAAGGGAUCCUUCUUCAACUGGUUUUACUUCUUCAAUAACAUUGGUGCUUUUCUAUCAAGUAGUCUAGUGGUUUUGGUUCAAGAAGAUAUAGGGUGGGGUCUUGGAUACGCCAUUCCUACAUUGGUUAUGGUUAUUGGCAUUGUAAUCUUUGUUGCAGGCACGCCCUUCUAUAGAUUACACAGACCAGGGGGAAGUCCUCUUACAAGAAUUUCCCAGGUCUUGGUUGCAUCGUUUCAUAAGAGAAAUUUGGUGGUCCCAGAGGACAGUAGUCUCCUUUAUGAAACACAAGACUUGAGAUCCACCAGUAAAGGAAUUCGUAAGCUGGACCACAGCAAUGAGCUCAAGUGCCUUGAUAAGGCUGCUGUGGUCUCAGAUUCUGUCUUCAAAAGUGGAGAUUUCUCCAAUCAUUGGAGGCUUUGCACUGUGACACAGGUGGAGGAAUUGAAGAUUUUGAUUCGUAUGUUUCCAAUCUGGGCGUCUGGAAUUAUCUUUUCCGCAGUCUAUGCGCAAAUGUCUUCAUUAUUUGUGGAACAAGGGAAGAUGAUGGAUAGAACAGUAGUUUCUUUCACCAUUCCUGCAGCCACUCUCUCGAGUUUUAACCUCAUCAGUGUUAUUAUUUGGGUCCCAAUCUAUGAUAGGAUAAUUGUUCCAAUUGCAAGGAAAUUUACAAGGAAGGAAAAGGGAUUCUCAGAGUUGCAAAGAAUGGGAAUUGGCCUUUUUGUGUCAGUCGUUUGCAUGUUGGUAGCUGCUUUGGUAGAGGUUAAGCGAUUGCAGCUUGCUAAAGAGCUUGGUUUAAUUGAUGAAGAUGUUGCAGUACCAAUUAGCAUAUUCUGGCAAAUUCCCCAAUACUUCAUGUUGGGUGCUGCAGAGGUAUUUACAUUCAUUGGACAGCAUGAGUUCUUCUAUGAACAAGCACCAGAUGCCAUGCGUAGUUUAUGCAGUGCAUUGUCACUUCUGACAAACUCAUUGGGGAAUUACUUGAGCUCUUUGAUUUUGACUAUUGUAACUUACACCACAACCAAAGGUGGGAAUGUUGGAUGGAUACCAGAUAACUUGAAUGAGGGCCAUCUUGAUUAUUUCUUCCUGCUUUUGGCUGGUCUCAGCUUCUUGAAUAUGUUGUUGUAUAUUGUUUUUGCGAGAAAGUACAAAGAAAAGAAGGCUUCUUAAGGUUUCUUCAAGAAGCUACAGCUUUAUGAAAACUCUUACCAAAAAAAGCGCUUGAAGGGUUGCAGAAGGAACAUCUUGAAUAUGUUGGUGUAUAAGAAUCAAGUUGUUUCAUGAGGUCCUUGGUUCAAGUCUU